AUGUCUCCUCGCCUUUACGAGGACUCCGAGUCGUCUUCUGGCGGCCAGGUCACUAGAAGACGAUCAACCCCCAACAACAACAACAUGUCCGACGACUACUUCUACUCGCCCGCCUCGUCGUCUUCAAGCCCAAGGUCAACUACCAACACGACCCAAGAGACCACUCCCGAACCCAGCACCCCCAAUACUGAGGAUUCGGAGAGCCGCGCCUCAGAAUACCACCACCACAACCCACGGGAUGACCGCACCUACGACCUCUUCAAGCCCUACGACCGCCCUGCGCACGAGAAAUUUCCCGCGCAGGCGGGGGAGAUCAUACGCCAGUGUAUGCGGAGCGUGUCGAUUAGCAGCAGCAGUGGCGACGUUGAGCCCCUCGUGACGGCUGCCUCUCAAUAUACGACGCCUCCUCGGAGAACCUCGUGCGUUGGCUGGCCGCACUUAUCGGGAGGGGUUGCUUGGGGCCUGGUGAAGAAGAAGAAGCACGCAGAGCCUAUUCUGACGAAAGAGGAGAAGAGGACUUUGAUGAGUUGGACGUGGAAUGAGGGAGUGGGGAUGCCGGAGCGUCGUGAUCAUCAUCGGCCUGAAUCUCCCGGAGGCACUCGUUAUGAUUUUUGA